GGCACUGCGUCUAUAGUCUGUGGUCUCAUGGAAGGAAAUAAGGAUAUCCUUGGACUGCAGAUCUUUUUUGAUUGUGAAUUUGUGUAUCAAACAAUCAAUGUAAUUAGUACUUAAAUGUGUUUAAUCGUAGGGCAAACGUGUUAUUUAUAAUGUCGAACCACACAAUAGAUGGUAAACUGAAAGGUUUAGAGGAGCGCUUCCAGAACGAGUUGCGUAUGCGAAAAGAAGGUUCUUUUCAUAGUCAAGGUGCUCUUGGAUCUAGUAGACCUGGCAGCGGACGUAGGCCUAAUAAACCCUUGUUCGGCAAAGAUAUACCGGCGUUCCCGCCGCGAUCGCCACAUGCGGCGGAGACGGAGAACAGGAUGAGGGAGGUCCACAAGGUGAGCGGCAACCUGACCGUAAACAACGUGCAGUACCGCUCGAAUGUGGACGACCUCAUCCACCUCGGGGAGCUCGGCAGCGGCACCUGUGGGCAUGUAGUCAAGAUGCUGCACAAACCCUCGGGCGCCGUUAUCGCCGUUAAGCAAAUGCGGAGGUCGGGCAACUCUGAGGAGACGAAGCGCAUUCUGAUGGAUCUCGACGUCGUUUUGGGCUCACACGACUGCCAGUACAUAGUGCGUUGUCUCGGCUGCUUCGUAACCGACGCCGACGUGUGGAUCUGCAUGGAGCUGAUGGCGUCCUGCUUCGACAAGUUGCUCAAGCGCCUCGGCGCGCCCAUCCCCGAGGCAAUACUCGGCAAGGUCACCGUCGCGACGGUGAACGCAUUAUCGUACUUGAAAGACACCCACGGCGUGAUCCAUCGUGACGUCAAACCUAGCAACAUACUACUGGACGAACGCGGGAACGUGAAGCUUUGCGACUUCGGCAUCAGCGGGCGACUGGUCGACUCCAAGGCAAAGACUAGGAGCGCCGGCUGCGCGGCGUAUAUGGCACCCGAACGUAUCGACCCGCCGGACCCUCAACGGCCCGACUACGAUAUACGCGCCGACGUGUGGUCGCUCGGCAUAUCGCUGGUCGAACUAGCCACCGGCGUGUUCCCGUACAUGAACUGUCAGAAUGACUUCGAAGUGCUCACCAAGGUGAUAUCGGACGACCCGCCGCAACUGCCGGAGGACAGUAACUUUUCACCAGAAUUCAAGUCAUUCGUAUCGCAAUGUCUAACGAAGAACUACAGACAGCGGCCGAAGUACGCAAAACUAUUGGAACACCCGUUCGUGGUGAAAUCGACGAGGAGCAACGUGUCCGUGGCGGACUGGUACGCCAACAUCACGGGGGGACACCCCACGCCAGCCAAGACCGUGACAACAACAGCGACGCACACAGUCACUAGUGCUAGGGAGUUCGAAGCGCCCGUGACGCCCCAACCCGUCAGGAACAUGGUGACCAGCCAGUGGAACGUGGAGCUCACACCCACGCCCGCCAGGUACUUGUAUACUCGCGGUCAUGUUAUACGGUCACAACACGCACACGGUCACAAGUGCUUGAGAGAAACGCCCGUGACGCCCCAACCCGUCAGGAACAUGGUGACCAGCCAGUGGAACGUGGAGCUCACACCCACGCCCGCCAGGGCGUGGUGGGCGGCGGCAGGCCCGCACGCCGGGGGCAGCUCCUCGCAGCCCGCGAGCCUCGAGGCGGACUUCGCGAACCACUCGCCAUAUCCUCGGCGCAGGACGCUAGAGGCAUGCGCGUCGCCGCCCCCGCCGCCGGCCCGGCGGGUCUCCGCGGACAACCGGUGGCGGCCCUCGCCCGCGAGCUCCGGCAACACUAGUCCUAUAGUCCUGCAGAGGUUCUACCACCAGAGCCAGCAGCGGCGGUCGCGGGUCGACCUGCACGCGGCGCCCCGCCACCGGAGCCUCAGCCGCGAGCACAGCGCGGGCCGCUCGCCGGAGCCGCCGCCGCGCACGGGCCGCCCGCACCCCAUGCUCGGACACGAGGCAAACGGCGUGGACUUGGAGCCGCCGUCGCUCCACGACCGGUUGCACCCGCACCCGCCGUCACCGCUCCUGCUCAACAAUAGGUACGCGAGGUUAUCAGAAGGCCGCAGCCAAAGCCUCACCCGCGCCGAACCCAGGAACGGGUUCCGCACGGACCUGCCCGCGCCGCACGCGCCGCGGCACCGCCACGACGACCAAGGCUGGCUUCACUCGCUCGCCGGACUCCUCAAGAGGAGGCUGAGCGGUUACGUCAAGUGGCAUCACGUUGCAGGCAGGCGGGAGCCGCACCCGCCCUCCAACAGAUGGGCGGCAGCGGAGAGUUGGAGCGUGCCCGCGUCCCCCCUCCCCCCGCGGGCGCCGCCCCCGCGCCCCGCGGACUAGCGCCGCGACACGUGGUACGUCGACAAGUGGCUCCACCGCGUCGCGUACUGCACACCGUAGAGGUAGAGCCACCCGCAAACAAGUCACAGUUACGCUUCAAGGUAACCUUACGUCAUGAGAUUACGGGCUAUUAUCGUUUGACAUUACAGCUUGUUAUAAUCAUACUCGACUUUGAGAUUAUAAAAAAUCUGGAGCAGGGAACCCCGCGUUUCAAAUUAAAACUCUACUUAAAAUAACAGGCGGGCUUGUUAUUUGUGAUGACAUGAUUAUUUUAUUAUUGUGUAAUUGAGCCAAUAGGCAAGCUUGUUAUGGUUAUGUCAACCUCAUUAUGUCAAAUUAAGUCUCAACUAAAUUAAGUCAAACUUUGUACGUCACAUUUAAUACUUCAGGUCUAUUUACUUACAGAUUGUAAUUCGGAAUUUCUCGGUUAUUGUCGGCAAGGCUCGUCACUCUUAGAGCGUUUAAUUUCAAUAAAAUUGAUAAUACAUGUAAUAUUAAGAGACUAAUAUAAUUUAUUUAAAAUAUUUCGUGUGUUUUUCAAAUCUGUACCUGCCGAUAAAAACUUAUCCCCUUAUUCAUAAACGUCUACUAAAGUUGACAAGCCGCUAAUAAUCGUUUGUCCCUUUCCAUCAUACCAAUAAGUCGGAAAGGGACAAACGAUUAUUAGCGGUUUGUCAACUUUAGUAGACGUUUAUGAAUAAGGGGGUUAGAAAUGACGAAUGAAAAGAUCGACCCGUGUGAACUUCACGACUUAUUAAAUACUAUGUAAAGACUUUUAUAUAAGCUUCACGAGUCAAAGUGUAGAUCGUGUCAUUCACGAAGACGCGUGCCUUGACUCGUAUUGUCGUGUUAUUAAAGGUUAGAUUUGACAUGCGCGUCAUCGUGGCUGUCACGUACUUUUACAGUCGGGCAAUGUAUAGUUUGAUCAAAACUCCUUUGGCUUUCACAAAACAAUCAAAAUACGCUCUCAUUUUAAAACGACAUGAAAUUUGGCAUGAGAAAUUGUAAUCUAAUAUAUUAGACUGAGUAAAAUUAUUACAUACGCGUACGAGUACCCUUACUGGCACUUGAACCCGGGACUAUUGGGUUCAUAGGCAGGGUCACCCACUAAACCAGACAGGUAUUGCAUUCACAGAGUACCGUGUGCCCUACAAGAAGACAUUUCAUAGGUGUUGCUCAUGUUUUAGGCUAGAUUAAAGAAGUUUUAAGAAAUCUAUAAAAGUGUACGAAAUUACCAAUAUUUAUGUAUUCAAAUCUAAAUUUUGAUAUUAUAGACUGACGCACACAUACACAGAAAAAUCCUGUACUUAACUUAUACCGUGUCUAUUGUGUCUUAAGUAAGAUUACUUGCGAUGUUCGAUGCCAAUAAAGAUGAUAUUUUCGACCAGUACAGUAAUGAAAUCAAACUAUACACGGCCAGGCUAUCAGCAGAUCUAAAUUAAAUAAUUUAAUUAUACCAAGCCACACAUGUCAGUACGCUUAACGCUGUGCGUCGACUUCCAAGUUAUAUCAAGCGUAUUAAAAUUAUUUUAAACGUGUUAUUACGCAACGUGUGCUCGAUCAGUCGCGCGCUCGAUCAGUAGGGACGGUGUAGUAACCCGUUUAAAAUAAUUUUAAUAUUUGCGAGUUUUUAGCUGUAUAAAGUGAUUUACAAGUUAGUCUGAAAAGUUGUAUAAUUUUAGACUUAGUACAAACUAUGUCAAGUUAAGACUUAUUAGAGUAAUCCUAGGGCCAUGAUAGUUCCGAGCGACCAGCGUCAGCCGCCGUUCGUGUUUUCCGCACAUUGUAUUUAAAGUUUUUCACUUUUUUUUUCAGUGCGAUUUUUUAUGUUUUUUCAACUCGGAAUCGCCAGGUCUUUCUAACCUAGUAGAAGGAAAUAAGUGUCCUAAGAUUUCUAUUUCCAUUCCGUUAUACGAUUCGACUUUAUAUGACGGUAACGAAAUGGAAGGAACGUAAAAGAUAUGGAAUUCUGAUACACUUUUUUUAUAUAUUAAGAUCGAAAGAAGUCAUGAUUCUGAGCAGCAUAAAUUCCCAAAAUUGAUAUUAAAAUCGGUAGACGCUGAUUGUAUUUUUUGUGGCUCUACAGAUUUAAAUGAAAGCAAUUCAUAAUGGCCUAUGCAUUGAUUUGUGGACACAAUGUACGAGUGUUUUUGUAUUUGUAGGUUGAGCGCGGGGGCGGAUGCCCUGCGCUUUACAAAAUUCGCUUUUAUACACGAGUUUAGAUGAUACAAGCGUAGAUUUAGGCAAGCUUUAAGAGUAAUACAUAUUUUGUACAGUCACAAUAAGGGUCUGAUAUUUAUUUGCCAUGUUUAGUAGUCCGUUUUAGCGUUGUCACUUUUAUCUAUGUAAUCUGACACCUGUAUCUCCAUGCUGACAAUUGUCGUUUGACAUUGACAAUUGCUGGUCCAACAAGUAAACAUUGGCGCUAUGUACCGUCUUUACUUUCCGACCCAGAAAUGUACAGCACAUUGUUAGUGUCAAGUGACAAUUGUCAAGUUGGCGAGAAAGGCGCCGGUAAGGAUAUGAUGGUUGCAUUAUAAUCGAAUGACAUGUCGUGCACCAUUCUCGCUUACAUACGUUAUAGAAUGUGACGGCACGAUGAGACGAUAAAACCGCAACCAACUUUACAUUGAACCCAUUUUUGUGAAAUAUACAUUGUACGUUAAGACUCAAAACUGUAUUAAUGUUCAUAUAUCGCCCUAUGAUUGAUAGCAUGAUUUUUCGAUAUAUUUUUGGAUAUUGUCUUUUGAUAAUAUUCAAAAUGUGUGGGUUUAUUUGAAGCAAAGAAUUAUAUAAUAAUUAAUGUACAAUAAAAAGGCCAUACGUGUGGUAACUGAAUAGUAAAAAGUCAACAUUGACAACCAGACCGCAUGCGAAAACGCAUUGUCAGGUCUGUCGCUCGCGACUACAUAGUAAAAGUCGCACUUGUCAUACUGAGUCGAGCGCGACAACGCAAGUCUCUAAGAAUUACUAUAAAACCUUUCAACUAUAGUCCACUACUACGACCAUGUCCCACAAGGAAAACACGUAAUUAAAUAUAAUUACCGGUAUUUGAUUUUC